GCCGCCGACUGGCUCAUCCUCCAUCCACCGCGCCCUCCCGCCCCGCCCUCCGGCAGCCCAGCCCCGGCGAGCGAGCGCCCGGUCCGCCGCCUCCAGCAGGGGCUCCGGAGAGCAGGUCGGCGGCCCCGGCCGGGCAGCCGGAGCCAUGGGAGCCUCCACAGGUUGCUGAUCGCGGCCGGGCAGCUGCAGCAGCGACUGCAGAGGCGCUGCGCCAAGCCGGGCCGGAGCUGAGGGCGAGCGGACUCAGCCCCAGGGGCACCGCCCGUCCCACCCCUCACCCGGACCCGCAGCCUCAUGGCCAUGUCCCUGCAGGGCAGUAGACGGGCCUCUGCUGGAUCCCGCAGCGGGGGCGCAUUGGGCUGCAGCGGCGUGGCUGUGCUCGCCCAGGGUCCGCAGCUGCCCCCCGGCCAGGACGAGCACCUGCCCCCUCUCCCCGCCCCCAGGCGCACCUCGCCGCCCGUGAGCAUGCGGGACGCCUACGGCACCUCCUCCGUCAGCGGCAGCAGCACCUCGGGCUCCUGCAAGGGCAGCGACGGCAGCCCCACGCCCAGGCGCUCCAUGAAGUACAUGCUGUGCAGCGACAACCAUGGCAUCAAGCCGCCCACGCCGGAGCAGUACCUGACCCCCCUGCAGCAGAAGGAGGUGUGCAUCCGGCACCUGAGGGCCCGGCUGAAGGACACGCAGGACCGGCUCCAGGACCGGGACACGGAGAUCGACGACCUGAAGACGCAGCUGUCGCGCAUGCAGGAGGACUGGAUCGAGGAGGAGUGCCACCGCGUGGAGGCCCAGCUGGCCCUGAAGGAGGCCCGCAAGGAGAUCAAGCAGCUCAAGCAGGUCAUCGACACCGUCAAGAACAACCUCAUCGACAAGGACAAGGGGCUGCAGAAGUACUUCAUGGACAUCAACAUCCAGAACAAGAAGCUGGAGACGCUGCUGCACAGCAUGGAGGUGGCCCAGAACGGCACGGCCAAGGAGGACGGCGCGGGCGAGUCGGCCGGCGGCUCCCCCGCCCGCUCCCUCACCCGCAGCUCCACCUACACCAAGCUGAGCGACCCUGCCGUCUGCGGGGACCAGCCCCCCGGGGACCAGCCCGGCUCCUCGGCCGAGGACGGGGCCGACAGCGGCUUCGUGGCCAACGACGACGCCGCGAGCCGGACGGACGCGCUGGAGGCCAGCAGCCUGCUGUCGUCGGGGGUGGACUGCGGCCCCGAGGAGGCCUCGCUGCACGGCUCCUUCGGCCUGGGGCCCCGCUUCCCCGCCAGCAGCACCUACGAGAAGCUGCUGUGCGCCACGGAGGCCGGCGUGCAGGCCAGCUGCAUGCAGGAGCGCGCCAUCCAGACGGACCUCCUGCAGUACCAGCCCGACCUCGACGCCGUCCUGGAGAAGGUGGCCCAGGCCCAGGGCUGCGGGACGGGUCCCGCGUCGGGGGGCGGGUGCCCGGAGCCGGAUCCCCACCCCUCAGGGCCCAGAGACCCCAACUCAGCGGCGGCGGCGGUGGUGGAGACGGUGGGGGAUGAGGCCGAGGCCCCGGAGCCCAUCACCCGCGGGCCGACCCCGCACCGGCCCGGCGCCAACCCCGGCCACAGCCUGUCGGUGAGCGUGGCGUGCCCCGUGGAUGAGGAGGAGGAGGCGGCGGCCGAGCCCAAGAGCUACUGGAGCCGCCACUACAUCGUGGAUCUGCUGGCCGUGGUGGUGCCCGCGGUGCCCACCGUGGCCUGGCUGUGCCGCUCGCAGCGGCGCCAGGGCCAGCCCAUCUACAACAUCAGCUCCCUGCUGCGGGGCUGCUGCACGGUGGCCUUGCACUCCAUCCGCAGGAUCAGCUGCCGCUCGCUGGGCCCCCAGGGCCCCAGCCCCGCCGCCGCCGCCGGCUCCCAGCUCUGAGGCCCGGCCACUGAUCGUAGGCCUGCCGUCCUCCCUCCCGCACGUUCCCGUGGGGCAUCGUCUUAUUUAGUUCUGGGUUCGGAAGCGGCGUUUUCUGGAUGUUCACAGUGUGGGGACCGGGGAGAAGGGAAGAGAGUCGCCAGGCAGGGAGGCACACUGCAGGCUGAGUACUGGGGAGCCCCCAGCCCAGCCCAGCCCAGCCCAGCCCAGCCCCUCCGCCCGUCCUGUCCCAGGGCGGCCCCUGCUCAGGAAGUCUCUGGUGUACUGAGCCAGAGAGGCUGGGCCGCGGUUGCCCACGUUAGUCUCCCCGUUCUCCACCCCCCACAUCCUGUUCAGUCCCCGGGCCACUCCACACCGCCCGCCCUCAGCCCGGCGUCUGGACCAGUAUUACCUCCUCAGGGCAGGCAGCUGCGACCCAAAGUGCAGACUCCUGGCCCAGGACUCCGAGCAGAGCCCGGAACCGCGAGCCUGGGCUGGAGCCCCCGCCCCUCAGCCUGCCCCGCACCUGGGGGAAAGGCGGAGACGGGCGGGGGUGGCAGAGGGCAGUGUGAGUCCUGCAUCUGUCGGUCCCAGACCUUCCCUGCGGUCCGCUUUCCUCCUGAGGCGUCUGGGCGUCGUCAGAUAAUCCAGGCUGUGCUGGGGCAGGAGUGCUCCCCUCCGGAGGGCCAGCGCGAGGCGGGGAGGCGGGCUGGCAGCUCGGGGCCUCCGGCCUGAGCUGAGGCCCUGUGGUCUGGGCGGCCGGGCUGCACUCGGCAGUCCUCAGCUGGUGCGGACAGCCAAGGCCGUGACGGCCCUGGAGCUCACCCUGGGGCCUCGGGCCCGACUUCUGCUUUGCACUGUUCAUGCGGGGGCUUGGUUCUCGUGUGUCCGGACCUCCUGAGAGGGGCUGCUUACCGUCUAAGGGAAGGGUUCCUGGAGCUUAGACUCACCUGCCUCAGGGGGGAUGACUGCAGGAUGAAUGGCAAGAAGGAACUGAAGCCAUUUUGUCGUCCAGGCCAAAGCAGGUGCCUGGGUGUUUCCUGGGGGUGGGGGUGGGGGACGGGGCGGGCGGAGAACCCCACAGCCCCCCUGCUCCCAGCCUGAGCCCAGCCUGGGAAGGCUCACUGUCCUCCCUCCUUCCUUCCCCAGGACCACAUCAGGGUCCCCAGAAAAGCUGCUAACACUUUAUUACCAUUACUAGUGCCCCGGUGCACGGAUCUGUGCACACUGAAAGGAAAUUAAUUAGAAGGCGGCCAGCGGGGCGAGACUGGGUGAGACAGGCCGGACACGCCCUGGAGCCAACCUCCUCCCAUGGUCCCUGCCUGGCUGUCCGCACCUCGGGCAGUGCCGUGGCUCGAAGGGUGUCGGUGGAGUGAGCGGGGAUCCUCUGGCAGGUGGGGUCCCUUGGCCUAGCCUACGGGGAUCAGGCUGAAACCAGCUCACUGACAUUCCCGGAUUGCAAGAGGGCGGUU